AUGGGCGAUUACGAUCAGCUCUAUCAGCAGGGGCUUUACAACCUCUCUCCUGAUCAACAAGAUCUAUUGCUGGCAGCCCUUUCCUCCAAUAACCCAGCUCCCAAGCAACCCAAUCACCACAAUGUCAAACCAGAGGGAAGCCCUGACCAGACAUCCUCAAACGGCAUGAGUGCCCCUCCAUCUGGGAACUUUGACAACCCCCAGUCUCACUUCAACGCUUUUGGCUUCGGAAAUGACGAGAGUCCAUUCCUUGAGUUCAAUAAUGAUGUGGAUUUCGAGUUUCCUGGAUCGGGUGAGUUGAUUGGAGAUCUUCCAGGAGAUACUCCCCACGACUACGAAUUGGGAGAGAAGCGAAAGUCGAUUGAUGGCGAAUCAGCGGUGGACGUCGAAGAGACGGCCAAGAAACGCCGUGAUAGUGAGGCAAAGAAGCCCGGUCGGAAGCCACUAACCUCGGAACCCACAACUAAACGCAAGGCUCAGAAUCGAGCUGCCCAGCGGGCAUUCCGUGAUCGGAAGGAGAAACACCUUAAGGAUCUGGAGACUAAGGUGGAUGAGUUGCAGAAGAACUCUGAUACAGCCACCCAGGAAAACGGUGUUUUGCGUGCCCAGGUGGAAAGACUUCAAACAGAGCUCAAGGAAUAUCGCAAGCGACUCUCAUGGAUGACAAGUGGAAGCGGUGUUUCCGCAAUGAGUGCAAUUCCAAGUGCUCACUCCCAGGGAGCGUACGGCCUGCAGAACAACGAAUUUAUAUUCGAUUUCCCCAAGUUCGGGGAUCUGCCUGGUUCACAUCUUUUCAAGGGACAAAAUAAGACUGAUCAAUCCAAUGCUAAGGCCAAUACGCCUCGUGCCCCUGGAGUUCUUAGUCGCGAGAAUUUGCACGGUCUCGUCGGAGCCCCCAUUUCUCCCCCUACCUCCAAAUCCACUUCCAGCACCCCUACCGCCAGGACAAGCACGUCAAAGUCGACGCCGAACAGCGCCACAUCAGCCAAAGCCCCAUACGCCAAUUUCAAGAAGUCGAACGCACCGACUCACGACAACUCAACGUCGGAUUCUCCGUCUUCUUCGUCCGAUUCGCACCAGAGCCAAAUGCUCUCGUCGAGUGGCACCUCACCUGAGCCGAGCUUGAAUUCUCCAUCAGACCCAAAGAAUCAUGAGUCUGCGUGUAGCAUCCACGGCUCCGUCAAUGGUGAGGAAUCUUUCUGCGCCAAACUUGGCAUGGCCUGUGGCAACAUCAAUAACCCUAUCCCAGCUGUACGGGAUCAACAGGCCACACCUAACGGUGCAAAAUCGAACGGUGUCACACCAAAUGGUGCUUCGAACCCCCAGCACAUUGAUCAGCAAGACUCCAACGACGACCCAUUUGGACUUGAGUGGUUGACCCAGCAAAAUGGCGGUCAGUUCGACCCAGUGCUUUUCGGAGACUGGCGAGAGCCGCAAGAUGCCGUGCUCUCCCAGGACUUUGGAACAUUUUUCAACGAUGCCUUCCCACUGCCAGAUCUUGGUAGCCCAUCACACAAUUUAAGCCAGGCAGCUCCUCAAGCACAACAGCCCAAGAAGGACCUAAUCUCUCAAAUCGAUAGCAGAUUGGAAGAAGAGAUGGUUCCGGGCGAGGACAAGGCCCAGAUGCUGUCAUGCACAAAGAUUUGGGAUCGCCUGCAAUCCAUGGAGAAAUUCCGGAAUGGUGAGAUUGAUGUUGACAACCUAUGUUCUGAACUGCGGACCAAAGCUCGCUGUUCAGAAGGUGGUGUGGUCGUAAAUCAAAGCGAUGUCGACGAUAUCAUGGGCCGUGCCAAUUAG